AUGGAAGGCUGGCUUACAAAACGUCGUGAUCAUAUGAAUCUUAUCUGGCGAGACCGUUAUUUUCUCUUGGAUUAUAAUCAGCUUCGUUAUUAUCGUAAACGAGGUGAUCCAGCACCUCGAGGGACUUAUAUUUUAACCGACGGAUGCGUUGUAAGCUCUGUGUUUAAUUCCGAGGAGAAACAUAAACAUCAUGGUCCAGUCUGGAUGUUUCGGAUCACAUUUGCCGUUGGUGAUUUAAUGGAUGGAGAAAAAUCCUAUAAAAAGGACCGAUUUCUGGAUUUAGGUGCGAAAAGUGAAGAAAAUGCAAAGGAAUGGAAACGAGCGCUUGAAAAUGCCGUUCGUUCAUUAAGAGAACUCAUGGCACAUCAGCGGAAACUCAAGACAGAUGCUGAAAUAUUUCCCACACCUACACACGUACCACGAAUGCUCAAGGCCGAUGAAGAUACAGUCUCACUAUUUAAUCUAGAUGCUGAUAAUGUCAAGGCAGAACAAGCUUGGUGGUUGGCUCGAGUUGAAGGAGGAUUACGGAUUAUGCAAGAAUGUCCAUUGGGACCAAAUGUUGCAGCGAAUUUGUACGCGCAACACGCAGCGGCGAAGAAUGGGCUUAUCUUUAGUGCUGUGAUUGGUGCUGCACUGAGCUUUAGUAUCAUGUACUCGUUUGCUAAUAAUAUGCUACUGAGUUUCAUGACGGCAUUGGCGGCUGUUAUAGUGUGUUGUGUUGCUGUGACACCUACGCAAGCAUUAGAGAUUCCGAGCUUUCGUGUCUCGCAAGUGGUGCAUGGAUCGCCGACAGAGGUCUUUAGGCUGAUCAUGAACUCGAAGAGAUUUCAACGAUGGGACCCAGCGACGGCGACCAUGCGUGUUGUACAGCAGCUGGAUGACCACGCCGACAUUGUGUACGCGACGCAGCGACCGACGCACUUGUGGCCUCUGUGGCAGAAAGCUCGUGAUCUGGUGUUCAUGCGGUAUUGGCGACGCGAAGAAGACGGGUCUUACUUUGUUAUGUACCAGAGCGUCGACCAUCCGGAGUGCCGGAUGCGUCACAACUACGUGCGAGCGAACAUAUUGGGUGGCGGUUUCAUAAUUGCUCCCCAGCGCGUUCCAAGUGGAUCCAUUCGCACACUGGUUACAUACGUGCUUCGAUACGAUCCUGGUGGUUGGUCGCGUAUCUACCACCAGCUUGGCAUGGAUGUGGACUUGGUCAUGCCUCAGCUGCGCAGUGUUGUGGGCAUUCGCGACGAAAUGAGCGCCACUGACUUUAUCACACCUAAUGUCUCGAUGGCGCCUGCUGGAGAAGGUGAGGGAUCAGAAGCUGGUCAGAAAGAUACUGUUGUCAACGAGCGCACGAGCGUGGACUCCAUGGGUGUUGUCAUGGGUGUGCAGAAACUUCAGACCAGUCUGCCGGAGAAGAUGUGGGCCGAGCCCGACGCCUCCCUUUUCAGUGUGCGCGGCCAUAACUACUUGAACGACAAGAAAAAGAUUCCGUCAGCGCCAGCAAUGUUCCACACCGUGGGUGUGGAUCUGUUGUCGUUCGAGAGUGCAGCCGAGAGGUACAACAUUUCGUCUCGUGCAGAUAGUGUUGGUCGACAAAGCUCCAAGUUCACGUUUGUUGUGAAUAUGAUCAUUCCGAGUCCGGAAAACACGUGCAUGGUGUUCUACUUUCAUCCUGUGCGUGACAGCGUGUUUGAGGACGGCUCACCCUUUUCCGAGCUGCUGAACGACUUUUUUGAUGGCGACGACCAGUUCCGAAAUUCGCGCUUCAAGCUCAUUCCUACUGUCGUCGAGGGUAGCUUCAUUAUCAAGCAGUCGGUCGGAUCCAAGCCAACACUUUUGGGCAACAAACUGAAGUGCCUUUACCAUCGUGGAGACAACUACUUUGAGGUUGACAUUGACAUUUCGUCAAACUCGGUAGCCAACACAGUCGUGGGCAUGGUGCAAGGUGUUACCAAAUCGCUAGUGGUAGACAUGGCAUUCUUGCUCGAGGCCCAAUCAGACGAAGAGCUGCCUGAAAAUAUCCUUGGCGCAGUGCGCCUGCAACACAUUUCUCUUGAAAACCCUCGUCGUAUGUCAAAGCUGUCGCCAUGA